AACUCCCAAAUUUGCCCUACUUGGGACUCCCUUUAAUGCCUUUGGAUUUCUUAAUAAAAGUUCUGAAUCUGCAAGUGAAAUUUGCGUAACUCAACAAUCAAAAUCAACUACUUCUUCUAAUAUUGUCAUUAACCAAGAUAUGUUCAAUAAUAAGCAUAAAAAAGUACAAUAA